AUGGGCCUUUUGAGCUUAACAUCAGCAACAGUCGCCUUAUCUGGUACAACUCUCCUAAUUUCUCUUCUGGGAGUUGCUUAUCUGCAUGGAGAAGUCACAUCCAUGUGGAAAGAGCUUGAUCAGGAUAUCAACAUGUUCAAGUCAAUCACUGAUGACUCUUGGAACGGAAUGAUGACUCUUGGAGCUGGAAGCCCCAGCACUAGGAUUCGUCGUCAAUAUGGAGGAUAUGGCGCUUCUGGAACCCAACAAGCUACAGACAAUGCUGCUGAGGAAGCUGAAUUUAGUGCAAUUAUUCCAACUCUUCCCAAUAUUCUUAACCCUAAACCAGAUACAAACUUGUGUCAAUGUAGUGUAGAAAACGCUUGCCCUGCUGGUCCCGCUGGACCAGAAGGAGAGCAAGGUCCCGAUGGUGUAGAUGGAAUUCCUGGAAUUGACGGCUUCGAUGGUGGAGAUGCUUCUGACGCUCCCCGUUUCAGCGAGGCUCUAGGAUGUUUCACCUGUCCUUCUGGACCUCAAGGACGUCCAGGAGAUAUGGGACUUCAAGGUAUGAGAGGAAUGCGUGGAGCUCGUGGCCAGUCAGGCAGACCAGGCCGUGAUGGAAACCCCGGUAUGCCGGGACAAAUGGGACCACCUGGAACUCCAGGAACAGACGGACACCCAGGAACUAUCGGAGAUCGUGGAGAAGAUGCUGAACAGCCUGUUCCUAGAAAUGGACCACGCGGACCAAGAGGACCAGAAGGCGCUCCAGGAAUAGCCGGAAACCGUGGACGUGAUGCACGUCCUGGACAAAGAGGUCCUAAAGGUAUGGAAGGAAUCAUCGGAUAUCAAGGAGCUGCUGGAGCCGAUGGCGCUGAAGGAUCUGAAGGACCAGCCGGUCUUCCAGGCAAGGACGCUGAGUAUUGCAAGUGUCCAGAGCGUGAAGCUACACCCUUGGUCAGAAAAGCUUAA